ACAAUUCGAUGUGGCUUGGAUUUUGGGUUAUUUAAGCAAGGCUUUACUUAUUUUGCCACUCAUUCGUUCUGGUGAUUGAAGGAAGUUUAUAUUGUGUAUGCUCGCAAGCUCUCCGUGCAUUUUAAGAUCACUUCAACAAAAGUCAUCUCUUAAUCCUGUCAUGUCUCAAGUUUUAAUUGCAGUUUCACUAUGCUGUUUAUACUAUCAAGGUUCUGCUCACCAACUUCAGGAGUAUUCACAUUCUCCAACAUACGACUUUUUACAGUAUAUUGCUAAGACGAUUGAUAAUAAGUUUCAUGGUAAUGUAGUAUCAACUGAAGGCAGAACAGGUGAUUUGGAGACACCAUACCAAUCAACAGAGGACCAUGACAUUGACAAAAGACAAUAUGAGAUGCUGUCUGAUCCAUGUGCUGAGGUCGUAAGACAUGAACGAUUAUUCAACCUCCAGAACAAGAAAGGAGAACCUCGAGAGUUUGCUCCUGAUUUCAGAGUUGACAUCUACACAUGUCGAAAUUCAGGCUCCACAUGCGCUGGUCUGCAAGCCCCACCUGCUGUGCGGGAAAUCCGGAAGACUGUUUGCAAGGAGCGGAUGGGCUGGAUCCUGGCCCGAGUCUGGAACCCUAAUGACAAGAGCACUGCUUUCACCUACGAGAUGGUAGGCCCAGUACCACGAGGCUGCUUCUGUGGCAUCAGAAUAGCUUAGAUGAUCGUUGUACCAGAGAUGGACAAACAGAACCAUGGACCACAUAGAGGGUUGUUCUCAGAAAAAUGCCACGAUUACUUGUCCUAUCCAUGUUUUGGCCUGUAACACUGCAAUCUUGCAUGAUUUCUGUUUGGAUUUUUUUCUAGUAGGAACAUGGGUAUCUGGCCAAGACACCACUACUUGGUGGCUGGUAAUGCUUCAGCUUGAAAAUAUUAUACUAAUAACGAAAGUUCAUUCGUGCAUUGGACAGAAUAUUUCAUGAGGUGAAAGAUGAAAUGAUCCAUUCAACGAGGCGUAGCCAAGUUAAAUGGAUCAUUCAUUUAAUCUUUUACCGAAUGAAGUAUUCUGUCCAUUGCACAAAUGAAAAUAACAUUCAUUAUUUGGUUUAUAUGACACCUAAAAAAACAUUCUUCUUCAUAUGAAAUUUAUCAAUUUUGAUGCAAAAUAUGGUCAUGCAGUGCAGGCUCUGUUUAUUGUAGCGUCCAUACAACAUACGCGCUGCAUGCAAACACAAGUGGUUUUGCUUGUGGUGCUUGCAGUCUCGGUGCGCGCAUGCAGUGAGUGGACAGUAUCGUAUUGAUCCAAAAUGGCACAAUGAAUGGAUACAAAAUUGCAUGAUUGAUGACGUCAUUGUAAAUGGGCUAAAUGAUCGAUAUCAAACAACCAAUCAAAUGACAAGGAUCUAUCUGGGUGUCAUAUAAAGAUGAAUAACUCUUUAACAUUCGUAAAAGAAACAUCCAUAACAAAAUCAUUCGAUUUUCAGUCAUAUUCUGAUAUAUCUUACAUUGUUCUGUUGA